GUAGAAAAAAGGAGAAAAAGAAGACGAAGAAGAGAAGACAAAGCCACCUGUGACAUCAAGAUCAAGGUCAACUUCAAGGCGCGCGGCGUGGCGGGCAUAUCUUGAAGACCUGUGGCACUGUGUUCAUUUCCAAGAUGCCGAGGAAGUCUAAGAAUAAAAUACGACUGCAGGAGCGUGUACGGCAUGCCAGGAGGGUUAAAAUGGGGCUCGAGAAAAGGUGUCAGCGCCAAGCCUCCCCAAGCCAGGAGGUCCAAGAUGACGCCCCUGAGAACGGAACUGACGACAACCCCUCAAAUGGAGGGAAACGAAAGAGACUGACACAGAUGGUGCAGGAAACCAGUGACAAUCGCUCAAGUGCAAAGAAACGGAAGAAAUUGACUCUGAGAUCCCAGGAAGACACUGCCUCACCCAUGGAGUAUGUGGUCAUGAAGAAGGAAGACCUGCAAGCUUUGUGUGAUAAUGUAGCUUGUGGGGAAUGCUAUGAAUCCAAAAUGCAGUGUUCGUUUGUUCACCAUCAUGUAGACACAAGUGUGAAGAUAAAGUGUUCCAACUGUGACUCACUCCCGAUGCCCGGCACCUCAAACAGCCGGGUGAGUGUGCUGCACAAUGUUCGUGAGGUGACGCUGACGCUGGUCCACGCCGUCAUGCUGCUGGGGAAGGGCAAUGCAGCUUUUCAUAAGCUGUGUGCCAUGAUGAACCUGAGAAGCAUUACUAAUUCAACCUACAGCAACUAUUCAAAGUAUGUGACACUGAAGGCUAAAAUGAAGGCCAAGGAGGUGCUGGAGCGCAGCAGGAGGGCAGUGUUUGAAUAUUAUGCCAGGGAGCUCAACAGACUGCCAGAUGAAGACGGAGUACUUGAUGUAGACGUCACAUUUGGGGUCUCGUGGCAAACCCGAGGAAACCUUUCACUGUUGGGUGUUGGCGACAUUAUUGAUGUUCACUCAAGACUUAUUUUAGAUUAUGAAACUCUAAGUAAAGUAUGUAAUGCUUGUUCCAGGAAAAAAGCUGAGUUAAAGAAUAAGAACAUAACAAAGGAACAGUUUGAAGAGUGGUAUAAAGAGCACUCAUCUUCCUGUGAUAAAAACUUUGAAGGAACUUCCCUGGGGAUGAAGCCGGGUGCUGCUGUCAGGCUGUGGCAGCGGUCCCUGGAUCAUAACAUGAGGUACACCACCUACAUAAGUGAUGGUGAUAGUAUUGCCUUCAAUGCAAUCAAACGACUAAAUAAGGGUGAAGGUCCGUAUGGAGAAGAGCAUGAAGUAGUAAAAGAAGAAUGUGUGCACCACCUGUCCAGGAAACUUGGCACUGCCUUACGGGCCUUGUACACAGGGACCCACACAAAGGUGGUUGAUGGAAAGAAACAGAAGAGAAAAACCUCAGUGAGAUGUAAAAAAUUCCCUGAUGGUUUCAUAGCACAAAUGCAGUGUGGCUUAACUGAAGGCAUCAAGCGUGCAGCAAACACGUCAGUGGGUGAAAUGAGAAAAAGUAUCAUGUCCUCAGUGUACCAUUACUGCUCCACCGACAGCAAACCUAGACACCACUUGUGCCCAGACUCCAGCACUUCUUGGUGUCUUUAUAACAAAUCUGUAGCAGUGGGUGAAACCCCUCCAAGUCACAAGGACAUGAAGGGACACUUUGAACUGGAGCCAGACCAACUGGACCAUGUUAGGAGAACUUUUGAGGAACUGACCACUGAUGAAACAUUACGCGCAAGUUUGCUCGCCAAAACCCAAAACCCAAAUGAUUCCUUCCACAGCCGACUGUGGAAGUACUGCCCCAAGGAUGUCCUUGCUUCAAAGACCAAGCUGGACUUUGCUGUGGCACAAACAGUUUGUAAUUUCAAUGCAGGUUAUGUUCAGAGUAGUUUGCAUAGGCUCCUAGGCAUUCCUUAUACAGAAACUGUUAAAACAUACUUAAAGAAACAGGAUUCAAAAAUGGAUAAUUGUCUGGUUGGAAAAUAGUUAUAAAAACAGGAUGCAUCACUGGAUAACAAUAAGGAGAGAACCAUCAGUGUUCUGUGACACAAAUUCUCAUAAACCCAACCAUAGUUUUUCAGUCAGUAGACUUUUGGAUGGCCUCGGCCCGUUAGCACGGAUGAAAUUUAUUUAUAGUGGCUGCUAUGAUACAUGACUUGCUUGGCCUGUGCUGCCCUCCAGUGCUCCACUUGACAGGCGCUGAAGUUAGGGAUGAUUGAGGAUCUGGGCACCAUGUGGGUAAUCUGCCACUCAGUGAUGGCUUGAAAAAUCAGCGUGUUUAAGUGGGACAAACCUAAGUCCACGGGCUCACCACGCCCGCACGCUGACCACUCAGCCACCGCCUGUUAACGAUCCCAUGUUCUUCCACUGUCUAUAAGCACCAAGUCUUCCCUGUCCACAUUUUCUAAUUCAUUUACUGCAUUAGAAAUUGUUAUUGCCUCCUUUUUCUUGCUUCCAACUUUGUCAGUUUCAGAUUUUCCAGUUUAUACAAUAGCUUGGCUAGAUUAGGCACAAAGCAUUUUGCAGCUCUAUGUUAUCUCUAAUUUUUUUUGUAUUUUUCUAUUCUGUGAAGUGACCAGAAAAUGAUGCAUGCACAAGCCUCUCAACAUUGUCAGCUUCAAAGUAUCUAAUCAUUCUUCAUAUAACAGCUGUGCUAAGCAUGGUGAGCUUGAGGGAAAUGCAAGAGGUGAUCAAUCUAUUUUCUGUAUGUGUAUUUACCUGAUGAUGAUGAUGAUGGUGUGUGUGUGUGUGUGUGUGUGUGUGUGUGUGUGUGUGUGUGUGUGUGUUAUAGACAUUAAUGCAGAUCCUGAAGUGUACAAAACAAUAAAGAAGACUCAGCAA